CAUAUUUCUUAAAUAAUGCUGUCUGGGGUUGUUCCUAGAGAGCUUGCCAAAUCUCUGGUGAAGGGGAUUGUGGGAGAGUUUAUGGACCAUGGCAGGAUAAAGGCUCAGUGUUUCCUGCUGCCCUCCAUCAGGAGUCUGGGUUGUACUCGAAAAACAAGGAUCAUCGAUGUUGUCUACAAUGCAUCCAAUAAUGAGCUGAUCCGAACGAAGACCCUGGUGAAGAACUGCAUCGUGUUCAUUGACAGCACACCGUACCGACAGUGGUACAAGUCCCACUAUGCACUGCCCCUGGGCCGCAAGAAGGGGGCCAAGCUGACUCCUGAGGAGGAAGAGAUUUUAAACAAAAAGCGAUCAAAAAAAAAAAAAAAUUCAAAAGAAAUACGAUGAAAGGAAAAAGAAUGCCAAAAUCGUCUUCUGGAGGAGCAGUUCCAGCCGGGCAAGCUUUUUGCCUCCAUUGCGUCAAGACAGGGCCAGUGUGGUAGAGCAGAUGGCUAUUAGAGGGCAAGGAGCUGGGGUUCUACCUGAGGAAGCUCAGAGCCCAGAAAGGCAGAUGAAUCAUUUUAACUCCUGUAAUAAAGGUGUUUGUGCUGUGUUUUUUUUUUUUAAGUGCACCAUGC